AUGGGGUUGUAUAACCAAGCAUUUCCACGUUCACAAAAACAAGAAUCUAGAAAUCGGAAAAUGGGACUCAGACCGGAGAUUAAAAAAACCCAGAAGGGCCAUGGUGUUGCCUUCAUCUUCAUCCUUGAGCAUCCUUUCUCUCUUGAUGUUUGGGAUCCUUUCAAGGACUUCCCUUUCCCUUCUUCACUCGCGACUCGUUCUCCUGAAACCUCUGCUUUUGUAAACACCCGCAUCGACUGGAAGGAGACCCCAGAAGCUCACGUCUUUAAGGCUGAUCUUCAUGGGCUUAAGAAAGAGGAAGUGAAAGUUGAGGUCGAAGAUGACAGGGUGCUUCAAAUCAGCGACGAGAGGAAGAUAGAAAAGGAAGACAAGAAUGAUACGUGGCGCCGUGUGGAGCUGAGCAGUGGGAAUUUUUCGAGAAGGUUUAGGUUGCCGGAGAAUAUGAAGAUGGAUCAAGUUAAGGCUUUCAUGGAGAAUGGGGUUCUUACUGUUACUGUUCCUAAGGUGGAAGUGAAGAAACCUGAUGUCAAAACCAUUGACAUUUCUGGUUAAAAACUGAAAGAGUUUCAAGGGUUUUUGUUGUUAUUUAU